AGUAGUUAUUCCCUUUUCAAACUUGCACUUAAUAUAAAACCUCAAUUUCGAUUGGCUAUCAUCGUUACCAGAUCAUACCUACUAAGAGUCAAGUAUGAAUUACCACGCCACACUUUCUAAAUGACUACAAAUAUUUUCAACAUGUAUAAACCACUUUCUCCAUUUCCAUGCUCAUUUGUUUGCUAUUUUUUCGAUUGCUUUCUAUUGAUUAAGGUCAUUUGAUGACUUGUCCAUGGAUGCAUGCGUCACUGAAGUUCAUGAUGUCUCGCAAACCGCCCCCCCUGAUAAGAUCAAUCCAACUCAGCCGCAAGGUUUAUUUCCGGGGGAACUGCUGCUCAGCUUUACUCAUGCGGGGAGUGUAAUGCUGCGCGGUGGUACCCGAUAGAUGACAUACGCAUUCUGAACACAGCCAGCCUUAACGGAAGGGGGCAGGGGGGGUAUAGUGGCGAACUGCAAAGUCUGCAGGUGAACCAUGGUAAUGGAUGCAUGCAUAUCUAGAUGGAUUCCGAUUAGGCAGUCGUACUAAGCCUCAAAAGUCUCCGGAGCCUCCUAAUCCAUGAUCAGUCAAGACAUGAAAAGUGAUGUCAGAUGCUAGUCUAGCGUCUGGCGUCUGGCGUCUCGCCCUCUGCGGCUGAGCUCAACUAUCUACUAACAUAUGUUUUGGAUGCGGUGAACGCGGCAUCCAUGCAUCUCAUGUGUGCGGUCAUGUAAGCGCCGGCCUGCGUCCUGCGCAUGUGCGACAUCCAUGGAUGCCAAAGUUUGCCUGCCCGCAUGGAUAGCCCUCUGGGGGCCGGAGCCUCGUCUCAAUUGCCAGCUUUCUUUUUCUUAUAAAAGUUCGGCAAGUCUCGAGAAACUUUCUUAAAAUACUUCAUGCCAUAUCAUUACCAUAUCAGUAUCAAUCCAAUCACCAAAAAUAACAUAAAAUCCCACGAAAAAAAUAUCGCAACAACAUCGAAACAACAGCUUACAUAAUGCCUUGCUACUAUGAUGACCAUUAUUGGAGCCACAGCCCAAGUCGCAAUUUGGCUCACCGCUUUUCGCUCUCACGUGAGCACCGCCAUAGCGGCUAUGGGACACAAUACUAUAUCGUGAACGAGGGGAAGGUAGUCAUCGACAAGCAUGGCCUGAAAGAUAGCGAGGCAGUCAUCUACAACGCACCGGGAUCCUCUCUACGGUUCAGUGACAAGUACGCGUAUCCCAGACGCUCUUCCCUUUCUAUCACGAGGCGUAGCUCGCACUACGAGUCUCCCAUGUGGUCGUCAUAUUCAUCAACCCGCCGAUGCCAUGGAUGCUACGAGCAUCGGGAACUUUACUACGGAAAUUACUGUCACGACUGCACAUCGAUGCAACGGAUCUCUUCGCCUCGCGAAAGAUACCUGCUAGAUGACGAAUAUCGGCACAUACCACGAAUUACGGAAAGAAGACGUGUUGCAUGGCAUUGAUUAAUCAAUUGAAUCGGCUGGGUGUGUUUUACAAUUAGAUCUGGGUGGGGGAGUAUUUUGAAAGACUCGGUUUUUGGUGGCUAUCCUGUUAUGAGUUUUACGAUUUUAUCCUGUUUGUUUUAGUCUAUAUUUGGUAGGACUUUUCUUUAUAUGUCUUUGUCAGAGGCUCAACCAUUACGAUGCCCUCCUUUGAUGGUUUAUAAUGCUGUUUACAUAGACUUGGGUGUUAAAUACAAUAGCUCGUUUUAAACAA